AUGAAAUCUUCACUUUUCCCAUCAAUAGUAAACUUAGCCAGAAACAAACUUCAAGGACCUAUCUCUACUCAGCUCAAGAAUGUUAAUGUCAUCGAUUUAUCACUUAACAAUUUCAUAGGGUCAAUUCCAACACAGAUAGGAGAAAUUUCUGCAAUCUGGUCCAUAUCAUUAUUCGGAAACAAAAUUCAUGGUCCAGUACUUGAAUCAUUUUGCCAAUCAACUAAUGUUCUCCAGGUUCUUGAUCUCUCUAAUAACAGCCUGUAUGGCACCAUUCCACGCAGUUUGGGUAACUGCAAGUCUCUGAUUUACCUUAAUCUUGGACAAAACAAGCUCACUGGAAGUGUUCCGAAAAAACUUGAACUCAUUACAAGCCUCUGUUACCUUGACCUCAAUGGGGAUCAGUUCGAAGGAUCUUUUCCAGUAGUGCUUGAGAAAUUUCAAGAAAUGAAGAUCCUGAAAUUGGUAGGCAAUAGAUUUGAAGGGAGGAUAACAAAGUUCAUCGGUGACCUACACCACCUCCGUAUCCUUGUGCUUGCAUCAAACUCAUUCAAUGAAUCUAUACCGGAAAGGGUAAUGAAGUUGGAAAAUCUACAAUUUAUUAGUUUGUCUAGGAACAAGUUGUCUGGUCCGAUUCCUGAGAAUCUUGAAGGACUGAAAAAGAUGACAAAAACACAAAAUCAGACGACCAUAUUAGGUUAUUAUUACUCCCUCAAGUUCACCGGUGCUCUGUUAGAAAUAGUCACCAAAGGACAGACGCGAUUUCUUGUGUCAGUGUAUUCCUACAACACUGGAUUCGAUGUCUCAAGUAAUGCUCUUACCGUCUUCACUGUUCCAUUGCAUUUUUACCUGUUAAAAAUUCAUUCUGCAACAUUUGGUAUCAUAGCUACUAUCCUGAGCUCUGUGGGAAUCAUGUCUGACGAGAUGAAGGAGAUUAAAGAGAUGUUUGAUCGAAUGACAAUGGAGAUGGCCAAUUUUUCCCUAAGGCAGAAUCAGAUUGAGGAAUAA